GGCAAACAAUAGUUUGAUAAAAUGCUUGCUAGUUUGUACGACAAUUAAAUGAUAGGAAAGAUUUUGCAAUGCGGUUUUACAGAAGAUAUAAAAGCGGCUUCAAAUGCUUCUUUGUGUGUCUGUUCUCAUAUUGUUUGAUAUAUAUAAUACGGAUAUUUAUGUCUUCCAGUGAUGAAAAUAAGCCGUCUGUUACUUAUUUCUUGGAAAGAAAUGUUAACAAAAACGUUUCAAAGAAAAUUCUAAUUUGGACACCUUUUCUGUCGGACACAAUUAUAGAAUAUUUUGAAAAAUGUCAGUCAAACUGUAAAGAUACGUGCAAGUGUACUUUUACAGUAAAUAAGAGUGAAAUUACUACUGCAGACGCCGUUAUAUUUCAAAAUUAUGAUCUUUUUCCAAGGUCAGUUAAUUGGGAAAUUGGAACAAAAACAACAGUAUCAUUUCCAGCUUACCGUCGACCUGAUCAAGUUUGGAUUCUUUUCAACAUGGAACCACCAAGCAAUAUGUUUUGGGAUCCGGCGAUCUUAAAUGGAGUGUUCAACUGGACUGCAUGGUAUAGACAAGAUGCUACUCUCAUGUGGCUGUAUGGCCACAAGUACACGCUGAAUUAUUCAGAAAGUAAUGAUGCCAGGGAACUAUCUGGAAACACAAACUUUUAUCAAGAGAAAACAAGAGAAGUAGCUGGGAUGAUAUCUAAUUGUAAAGAUCAAGCUGAAAGGUAUAAACUAGUUCAUAAAAUGCAAAAAUAUGUAACUGUAGAUAUGUACGGUGGAUGCUAUGAUAGACCUUGUGAAAAUGUCAUGAAAACCGAGAAUAAAAGUUGUGAUGAGAUUCUAAAACAAUAUAAAUUCUACCUGGCUUUUGAAAACUCAUUGUGUAAUGAUUAUGUUACAGAAAAAUACUGGAAUGCUUUAAAUCGGGAACAGAUUCCUAUAGUUAACUGGAAGAAUAUAAGUGAAAAUAUCGUCAUACCAAGGUCGUAUAUAAAUGUUUACGACUUCAAAGACAUAAAAUCUUUGACAAAAUAUGUGAAAAAAGUGAGUUCAAAUGCAACUUUAUAUAAUAGUUAUUUUCAGUGGAAGACAAAAUACAAAGACAAAGGGACGUGCAUUUCCUUUGAACUGUGUCAGUUACUCAGUCGCAACAGUUAUCAGAGGCAGGUUUAUUCUGGCUUCUCCAACUAGAUCAGGGACGAUAUAUGUCCUAAAGUAACCAUUGUGAACAAAAUGAUAAGAGAUAGAAACUGGUGGUUGUUUCAGAAACUUGGGCUAGAUAUAUCGUUCUUGUAGCUAUGUAGAUGAUACACGUGCAGUUGAUGUAAAGCAUAAUAGUGUGGACACCUAUUCAUUAAAGCGGGGUGAUUCAGAUCGUUGACUUCAAUGCACUUGACAUUUGCGUCUUCUUCAUGUCGGCAUAUGGAGAAGCCAUCCAGCAUGCUUGAGGAAGCCGUUUGUUCUAUCCAGGUUAUAGCCUAUGACUGAAAUUAUUCCAAUAGGGGCUCUCAAAGUCUCCUUCGUUGACUGAACAAGACAAUACUAGUAUUUGGUUUUGAUUGCAAUUUAUCAUACAAACCCCUAUUAUAACGUGAUCCCCGCGCAAAGACUAGGACGGGUCCAUUACAUGAUGAUAGAUGUAAAAACAAUUCAUGUUCCUUGUGCAAUACUUUCUAUUAUUACAUACAAACGUAUCCCGUAUAAGCAUGAUCUUAAUGUCAAGUGCAAUCAGUUUCAAACAAUGCUGAAAUCUCUAGUGACAUGUCCGAAAAACGCCGAUUUUGGAGAAUUGCGAUUUUGUUUUCGUGACAUUACGAUAAAAUUUUAGUAUAUCCUGCACGAAACAUAAAAAACCGAUAGCCCAAUUAACGAAAUUCCAUAUUUUGUAAGGUUUUGGGAAAUCAUCAGCUUUUUUGUGACAGUGUAAAUCUAAUCUCUGAUAAAGAGUCUUGAAAAUUUUGAAUUUCCGUUUAUCAUUUUACAUUACCGUAGGUACGUCCGUAAUUAAAAUGAUUUUACUAUUUAUUAUCACUUAACUAUACAAAUAUUUCAAUGAUACUUUUAACUUGUGUCAAACAGGUGCAAAGAUAAACUGCAUGUAGGAUUAUCGUUGUAGCAACGAUUAAUCUUUAGUACGCUGCCUACAUAUUGUGACACUGAGCUGUAAUGGUGGCAUAGAACACGGACUUUUUAUCCUCCCUCACUUUUUAUUGUACCAAGCUCUGCAAAUAUAAGAUGUUUGUGACA